CCCAAACACCCAGCCCCCGCUUCUUCGGUUCUUCCCCCCCGGAUUCUCCUCCCGCGCCCGCGGUUUCCACCACCCCGCCCCGUCUCCACCGCCUCACACUCCCGCGCCACUUGCGCCGGCCGCUUUCCCCGAACCCCCAAACGCCCCGCUGGCCGCCCGCGGAGACAUCUAUAUAGCCGCGUGUCCUUCGCUAAUCCCACCCCGGAGGUGAUCACCAAUCCAUCGUCAUCCGCGGAGGUCUUUGGCGGCGGCGGCGGCGAAGAGACCGAAGAGAGGAAGCAGCAGGAAGAGAUAGGUGCAGAUCAGGAAAUGGGCGGCGCCGGCGCGGCAGGGAAGCGCGGCACGCGGUGCGAGCUCUGCGGGGGCGCGGCGGCGGUGCACUGCGCCGCGGACUCGGCGUUCCUCUGCCUGCGCUGCGACGCCAAGGUGCACGGCGCCAACUUCCUGGCGUCCAGGCACCUGAGGCGCCGCCUGGGCGCGGGCGCGGCCGCCGGGUCGGGGUCCUCGGCGUCGUCCGCGUCGAGCAGCUCCUGCGUGUCCACGGCCGACUCCGCGGAGUCGACGGCCGCCGCGGCGGCGCCUUCUGCGGCGCGGAAGCAGCGGGCGCGCGCGGAGGCGGUGCUGGAAGGGUGGGCCGGGCGGAUGGGCUUCGCGGCGGGGCCCGCGCGCCGGCGCGCCGCGGCGGCCGCGGGGGCGCUCCGGGCGCUGGGCCGGGGCGUGGCCGCCGCCCGCGUCCCGCUCCGCGUCGCGAUGGCCGCGGCGCUCUGGGCCGAGAUCACGUCCGCCCUCUCCGCCGCCGCGUGCAAGGGCGGGGAGGCCGCGCUGCUCCGGCGGCUGGAGGCCGCGGCGCACGUCCCGGCGAGGCUGGUGCUCACCGUGGCGUCGUGGAUGGCGCGCGCCGCGAGCCGCCACCGGGCGCCGCCCGCCGAGGCCGACGACGAGGAGGGCUGGGCCGAGUGCUCCUGACCAACCGCUCAUCCGUUGCUGCUGCACUGUACGAGCUGCCGCUGAGCCCGCGAGCGCGUGCCGCGUCCGGGGGAGAGAUCAGAGGUGUUCUGGGCGUAGCAUUAGCAGCAUCAUGUGGGCAACGUUCGUUUGUUCUUUUCCUCCCCUAAUUAACUAGCAAAUCUUGUGGUUAGUAGGGCCAGGAAGAUGAGGUCUCCGGACGGAUGGGGCCGUGGGAGUGUAAGGCUGGUUAACAAAAGGCUACUAUUUGAUUUGAUUUGAUUUUUUUAGACCAACUAUUUGAUCUGAUUUGCUCUCA